GGUGUCUCGCCACAGAUGCGGGGAUAGCUUGAUAUUGAACAACACAGAAAAUAAAAGUCAUGGCUUCUGAAUGCGGUAGCACGAAGGGUGGUCGAAAAGAGCUAGAAAACGAACUGAAAAAGCUCGAUAUAGAGACGUUAACAAUUGAACACCCAGAGGUCUUUACAGUGGAAACGAUGAUGCCCCAUCUUAAAGAUAUCUCAGGAGCUGUUGGCAAAAAUCUUUUCAUGAAAGACAAAAAGAAAAAGGGCCUCUGGCUUUUGACCUGCCGCCACGACCGUCCAGUCAACUUGGCGACCCUAGCCAAGACGGUAGGGGCCCCAGGGGGACUCCGCCUGGCAGAUGAGAGCAUCUUAAAGGACAAACUGGGCGUUGCCCAGGGCUGUGUCACACCCUACGCCCUCUUCAAUGACGAAAGUAACGAUGUAAAGUUCUUGCUCGACAGCGAUUUUAUAACGGGGGGUCAUGAGAGAGUGUUCUUCCAUCCGAUGGUGAAUUCAGCAACCACGGGAAUGUCACCAGAAGAUUUCUUGAAAUUUGUGAAAGAAACCGGACACGAGGUCAUCAUGGUUAACUUUGAGGAGAUGGGAUGAGUUGGAGUGGAGACCUGACGAAACACACUCAAUAAUGUCCAGAUGGAUGGAGGUGCACAGGUGAACAAGUUGAAAGGCCACUGUCUUGGACGCAGUGGCUGAGCCAGGACUCUUUCGGUGGUGG